UACGAAGCAUUAUGGAAGAAUGGGGUAGGAGUUGAGGCGAGUGCUAUAGCGUGGCGGCGUGUGAGAGUGGGAGGAGCCAGCGACCAUGACUCCCCCAAGCUGACCAACCACCGACACCACGCUAACUUCCUCCAUAUCUCUCUUCCAUACUCGUCAACAACUUCUACUACAUCCACGCUAUCACCAUGAGCAUCUUCCGCCCCGUCAUGACCAGUGUGGGCGGUGGGAAGAGCCCCGCACCGCGGUGUGUGGCUGGGUAUGUCUCCACGACCGCCUUGGGGUCUGUCCAAGAAAACCACAAGUCACUAUGUCCGAAGAAGAGCAGCAAGCAAAGAAGGUGACUGAGGAAGUACCUGACCCAGAGCUUGAUAAUUUGUUGAAUGAUGCUUUACAAGACUUCAAUAAGCCUCAACCCAUCAAACCAGUGCCAGGUGCAGACUUGGCAUCAAAAGUAGCAGCUUUGGGAAUACAGGCAGCUACAUCAACUGGAUCAGAUGGGGCAGCUGGCGAUGUUUGGACGGAGGAAUUCAUUCAGCAGGCCACAGCACAGUUUGAGCAGACAAUGCGGUCAUUAAUGGAAAAACAACAAGGAAGUGGACAAGCAGAUAAACCUGGUGGAGAAGCUCCUAAGGAAGGUUCACAUGAAGAACUGCCACAAAUUGAUCUGUCUGCCAUGUCAGCACAGUUUGCCCAGUUUGCUGAAGCUGCUAGCAAAUCAUCAUCUGGGGCCCAGCCUGCUGCUGACUUCAUGCAGUGUAUUGAUGAAACAAUGAAGCAACUUGGCCAAAAUAAUGAACAACUUCAGAAUUCUCCAACAGCAUCAGAUCUCAAUAAAAUGUUUGAAAACCUUGGCUUAGCAGGAGGUGAAGAGGCUGAGGGUGCACUGGGCGGCCUCUUCCCACUGAUGCAAGUCAUGCUCGAAAACAUCCUCUCGAAAGAAGUUUUGUAUUCACCUAUGAAGGAAAUUGUUGACAAGUACCCUGACUGGCUUGCUGACCACCGUAGCACUUUGUCCGAGGAAGAUUUCACACGAUACAAUAAGCAGUAUGAUAUUAUGAAGCAGGUUGUAGAGCUGUACGAGGAAGAGCAGGAGGAUGACACAGAUGAAAUCAAAGGGCAACGGUUUGAACGUAUCAUGCAGAGCAUGCAGAAACUGCAGGAAAUGGGUCAGCCUCCACAGGAGCUUGUUGGUGAGAUGGGUCCUAUACUAAAUUUUGAUGAGGCUGGAAAUUCAGUGCUGCCGGACAUGUCUACACUCCUUGGGGCCGCCGGUUUCCCCGGAGGAGCAGCGACCACUGAUGAUCCACGUCCAGCAGGAGCUCCAGACCAACAGGCACCAGGAGAGCAAUGUACUCUCAUGUGAUAGGGGUAGUUGCAAAAUCUGUACCCUCAUGUGAUGGGCACAAUAACUGUGUUUACCCUCAAGUAAUGGGUACAAUGACUCUGUACUCUUGUGAUGGGUGCAAUGACUGUGUAUCCUUCGGAUGGGUACAAUGAUUGUGUAUCCUUAUAUUGAGUACAAUGACUGUGUCCCCUUAUGAUGGGUACAAUGACUACGUUUACCCCUCAUGUGAUGGGUACACCGACUACAGUACUUUCUAAUUAGUCUAUCUUUAUCCUUUGCUGCCAUGUUCCUUCUAAAAAACAUGCUAAUUAAUGUAGGAAAUUUCUUGAUUUUAGAAAAGUACUUCACAGUUUUUAGAAAGUUUAAUAUUUGCUGCUCUUUAGAAGUUCAAAGCUUCUGAGAUUAUGUUGAAUAGUGGUAGAUGCUUGCAUAUAUAUAUAGCUUUGGUGUAAUUUAAAUAAUAUUGAAGAGCAGUCUGAUGCUUGUGGAUAAAAUUUUUUUUACUGGAUUCUUACACAGAUAUAUUUAGUAAUUAUUGUAUGUAGCUAUUUGUUUAAGUGUUUCGUAGGAUUUUCUUUUUAACUGCUAUAUUUUCAGUGCCUCUGUCCAUUUGAAAAUUACCCAUCCUUGAAAAGAUGACCUUGUAUGGAAUCUUCUCAAGACAAAUAUUUCAGAUGCCUUGCAAAAUUACUUUAAAAAGAGUUUCUUGAAACACCUGCCAAAGAAUUUCCAUUGCCAACACGUUUCCUACACAAGCAAAGCAGUCAUGGUUCGAGUCCACGGAGAAAUGAAAAUGUAUGAGAAGAAUAAAGAUUGUUUGAAAAAGCAUUUAAGAAUUGGAGACCUAUUAAAAAUCACAAGCAAGAUUAAAGUGAGAAAGAUAGUAUUAGAGGGUAAUAGUAUUCAUUGCAAGGGCAACAGCACAGUGGAAAAAGUGUUGUUCACCAAGACCGCUCAUGUGAUUAUUAGUCAAAAGAAAAAUAAUAUAAGAAUAUGCCUAAAAGCACAUUAAACCUAUGUUAUGCAUCUGAUGAAUAUUAGGAUUGUUUUACAUGCCUUGGUCACUAUGAAAGUCUAUUGUCUCCAGUAAUUAGAAUGGUAAAACUGGUCAUAACAUGCCAGGUUCACUAACCACAAUUGAUGGUUUGCCUUUCCAUGCUCAUUUUUCCCCCAAAAUUGUGAUUUAUUCAGUCUUUAAUAUUAGCUUGUAAAUAGAGAGCCACACACAAAUGUUUAUAUAAAAAUUUAAUUCUUAAAACUGAUGCUUCAUUAAUUUUAAUAUGCUCUAUCCUACAUUCAUGGAUAUUUGAAUUUUUUAUGCAGUGGAGCACAAAUUAUGAUGAGGGUUGCUAGAAUAUUUACUAAUUUUCAUAUAAUCUCAGAAGCAUCUUGACAUAUACAGUGGCUGGCAUUUACCCAAAUGUAGUUCAAGAAUAAGAGCUACACUUGUGGUGUCCUAUCUUCCCUAUAAUGUUUGUCACAUGACAUUUAGAGGCUUCAAAUAGUUUUAUCAUAUGUUGCCCUAUUAUUUAAAUUGUUCCAUCCAUAUACCACUAUUUGUAAACGAGUAUUUAUACAAGUUUUUUUGGAACGUUUUGCUUGAGUUUAUGUUCUAUUCUCAAUGUUAGAUUAAAGAAAUGAAUCCUAUUCUGUUAUAUAAUCUUCAAGUAGUAGAUUCUAUAUAUUGUUUUGCUUAUUGCAUGCGUUUUAUAUACUGUAUAUAAAAUUUUACUGAGGUGUGUGAGAAGAUGGUUAAAAAUGUGUGGAAAAAAUUAGUUAUGGUGGGUGAAAUAAUUAAACUGUGUGAAAUGAAUGCCAGAGGGCCAUGUUAGAUUCAGCCAGAGGGCUGCAUCUAAUAUGAAUGGAUGAGAAAUAAAGGUGUGGUAUGAACAUGAAAAUUCAAGAAUUAGUUCAGCAAAAAUUGACAAGUUGAGAAGCGUGUGUGGUGCUAGGGCAUUAGAUAAAAUACAAAAUAAAAUGUGUAGUACAAAAGUCAAUAAAAUGUAAGAUUUAAAUUAAAAUUGAAAUAGGUUUCAUAUAACUAUAUUUCAAAUGAUAAUGUAGUCAAGCAAUAUUGUUCAAGACAACUUCAGCAUAUAUUUUAUGUAGACAUCACAAAAACUUUUCACGUUCAGAGUAAAAAAGUGUACAGUAUUACUUUUCUACCUGUAUAUGGGUAAUAGUAGUCAGAAUGUACACUCAAAUACAUGCACAAUUACUGUACCGAAAAAUACAUAUACAAAUGAAUAUACAGUAUACUCAUAAACAUAGAUACAGACUAUAGACAGACAUACAAAUAGGUUAAUUAUUUACAUUCUUGGUGCAAGUUUCCUGCAGUAUAUUUAUCCAGAAUAUCAUCACUCUCUCUAUUGACACGUCAUCACUAUUUGCUCAGGAACAGUCCAUAUCACACAUGCAUCAGUGUUCACCCACAAACAUAAUAAGUCAAAGAGCAAAAUCUAAACAUACUUCAUACUCUAUCAUACUAUACACCUUUUUUCAAUACAGUAACACCAAUUUUGUAUUCCUGGUAAUAUGUUAUUUGUAUUCAAGUCUGAGCCAUGUGUACCGAGAAACUCCAAGCAGUUUGGCCUUGUUUUCCAAACAAAUAUCAAUGUUUUGACUUCUGCUUGUACUAGCACAUUCCUUAUUUUACUUUUUUGUUUAUUUCAUGAUUAAAUUAACAUUCAAUUUAUAUAAAUUUCUGAUCUUUUUGUAGCACAUUUUUCCAGGACAUUAGCUACUUAUUUAAACAUGAGAUGACAUCUACAUGACAUCUAUCAACAAAUAUAAUGCAACCUUCUCUGUCUUGCCACACUGUACUAAUGAGUUUAUUAGACAGAAUGUCUCCUAUAAGGUAGACUAGCUUGCCAAGAUGCUUUACCUCACUUAGAACAUUAAAGAUACUGGUCUGUAUCCACUAUUUGGCCUAGGUAUAAGAAUGGUUAUAGCUCCCAUUUCUGACAACUUUCACUGCCUUGUGUUAAAAGAAAAAGUAAGGGUCUAAAAUAUUGAUCCCAAAUAAACAAUUAAGAAUGUCAUGUUCACUUCUUGAACAUUUUCUCUACUUCUUGUUUUGAGUACAUCACCUUUUAAGUAUUUUGAAGGGAAAUAAUCAAUAUCUUCUUAUCAAUACCUUCCAUACUGUUAUUUACCUUGGAGUGGUGAAAAGGAAGUCAUGUAGUGCGAGUACAAUAUUAUUUGGAUUCCUUAUGAAGGUUGAGCAAUUGGUAUCAAAUAUCACAACUGGGUAAGAAAAGAAAACCUUACAUGGUAAAUGCAAGCAGCACACUUGAAAGAUUGGGGAGAGCAACCACAGAUGGUUUGAAUGUUGAAUGAAUGGGAGACUGGUAAAGAGUGUACUGGUGUUUUAAAUGAAUUUAAGGGUAAGAGAAGGAAAGUGGGGACAGGAAAAUAUAUGGAGACAUGGUGGGUGUAAAGAAGCGAGGGAACUAUCAGGAGAAAGCAUCAAGCCAUUAUGAAGAAGCUUGGAGUGAGUGUAAAAGCACAUGGUAUGGCAAGGAGGAAGUCGGGUUGCUUGGCAGUGUACAAUGUAUGGCGAUUCAAGACCACUUUAGAGUGACCGUAUGAAGUGAUGAAUAUGACUGGAGAGUGGUGGUAAAUGUUUAUCCGUGAUGCUAUACAAUAGUGUGAAUGAUACAAUGAAUGGAAGUGAUAUUUGUCUUGUUUAAGAUCUACAACCUUUCCUAAAGUAGUCAUCUUUUUUCUGGGCUGAUGCCUCCCUGCCCCAUAAAGUGGGAAACACUGUAAUGAUGAUGAGUGUACAUAUUUGUCUUGUAUUAUUAUUAUUCAAAUUUGGACCCAAAUCUGCAGCCAUUGUAUUAACAAUUUCACUGUCAAAUUUAUAUAAAAAAGUAACAUCUCAUGUAUUGCAAACAUUUUCACUUUCAGAUAAUAAAACCAAAUAUUGCUUUACUUUUGUAACAACAAAAGUGCAAUUUUUAUGAAGCAAGACUGAUAUUUAGCUGAAGAAUGUGUUCUUAAAAAUUUAUGCAGAUAAAAUUUUCCUUCCAUAUCUGUCUUGUAAUCACAUUCUGAAAGUUAUAUAAUUAUUUGAUGAUUUUACAUUUUUCGUAUUUCUGUAGUGCUAUAAUACUUGUGGAGUGAACCUUCUACAUGAAACCAUGAGUGGCAGUUUUCUUUAUCAAAUUAUUUUUCUUUAAGAGGACCAGAUAAUAAAGUGCAUAGUUACAUCAUUUUUUAAACAUAAUCAUUAGAUUUACUAAAAAAAAAAUAGCAUGAUAAAAGCUAGAGAAUAAUUUUGUUGCCAAGUACUGUAUACAGUUAAAGAAAAAAGGAGGCGGGGCUUUAUGAAACUUGAGUGAAUUUUAAUUUUGGAUAAAUAUUUAAUGACUGAAGACAUUAAGUGGUAAAGCUUUUUUUUCUAAUCAGUGGAAACAUUUGAAUUUAUGUACAUUUAAUUAAAAGUAGAAGGCAGCCAUAUCACUUAAGCAAAAGUUAUUAUAACCAAAGCCUCCCUCUCCUAGCAAAAUGCUUACAUCUUGUGCCCUUAUUCUUCUCACGGAACAGUGCAAGCUCCAAUAGCUUACAAAUGUUCCUGAAUAUAGUAAAUUUUAUUCUUAUAAUUAGAACGAAGCUUCCUUACAGCAGUAUUACAGAGCCUUGCAAUUCUUUUAGGAAUAUUCUGAAGUGUUACCUUAUUAUUUUGUUUAGAAUGUUCUUAAAUCUGCUCAAGAAUGUUGUAUGAUCCAGCCUCUUCCUUUCCGAUUCCUUCUUUUGGUAAUUAAUUACUUCCUUUGAGAUUGCUAGUCAUGUUAGAGACUUCUCAUGUGUUACUUAGUUGCUAUAAGAUUUUGUAGAUUCCAUUAUUGAAUUACCAAAGUGAUGAAGUAUCCUACCAUUAGUAAUGUGCAUUUUUUUUUUAUGUUCUACCGUUAUGUGCAUAUAUUUAUUUAAAGUUUAAUAAUUUGAAUCUUUACUAAACUAUUAGGAAACACAAAUAUGUAGAAUCAGAUAAAUAAAUUGAAGGAUAAUACACCAAGGAUCCUCUGCACUCUGUACCUUUAAAGUUAUGCUUGGACGGAAUUUAAACGAGACCCCUUCUAAUGCAUAAAAACUGUUGCAUCUAAAUUUGAAUUUUAGGCAUAGAAAUUGCAUUUUUUUUAUCUACAAACCAAUAGGCAUUGUGUAUACCAAAAUUAUAUACCAAUUUUUAAACCACUGCAUGCAUUACAGUUGAUGACGGUGCCAGGAACAUGCUACUAUCAGCUUUCCACUCAUUUGUGUAAUGGUUUGUAACCAAACUAGAAUGGAAUCCUACAAAUCAUUUAGAUUUCCAGUUGGCUUGGCUUUGUUAAAGUAGGACUUUCCAAGCUGUUGAUGAGCAGAGAACAAUAUACAGUAGUAAUCAAUUACAUCCAGACCAUAAAAAUAUGUACUACUAAAAUCUCUCUUUUACUCUUUCUGUAUUCAGAGUAUAUGUACUGAACUUUUUUCACAUUUCUAUUGUGAUUUUCACUUUACAGGAAUUUUCAGUUUAAAGUUAGGGGUAAUUAAUUAAAUAUACAAUAAAUAUGGUUCAUUUAAUUGAAGAUUCAGCUUACAAUAUAGUAUUUACCAACCUUUCGCAUUUUUUUUUAAAUAAGCAAGAUAUUAAAUGGAAAAAGCCAGGCCAUUUCUACUGCUUAUAGAGUGGGUCUUGGUCACACAUGAAAAUCCUCCAUACUCAUAAUCUUUGUUUGCAACCAAAGCAGUCAAGCUCCUACACAUUUGUGCUCUCCAGGAUACAUUUUUAGUUUUGGGAUUUCAGGCAACAUGAAAUUUAGUAUAAUUAUUUUGAUAAUUGUGUGCAAUUUCCUAAAUUUCACCUGCAAAACAAGUUCUCUUGGAGAUAUGGUCCACCAUACCAAAGAUUAUAGAUGGCAAUUAUAAUGGAGUGUCAAGUUAUAAAAUAAUUAUUAACUUUUUAAGUAUCCGUCUUAAAAAAACGACAAAAAACUUGGAAUUAGCAUUCAACAAGAUUGUUAUAAGGGUUUAAACUUAGUGCAGUAACUUGCAUAUGCAAGUACAGUAUUGACAAGGUUAAAAAAAAAUGACUUAAUAGUCAAAGCAACAUAAUAGGUGUUGGUCUUUGAUUCUUAUAUAGUGUUCCUUGCCUCUUUAAUACGGGCGGUUCCUUGUGUUGCACGUUAAGCUAUCCUCUCAAAUAUUAAAAUGUUAUUAAGUGUAUUUUGUUUUCAGCUUUGAAGUUGUAAUUUGUACAUAGUGUAAAAUAAAUUUUUUACACACCU